CCCGCCCUGAAUCGUCAAUCCGACUUGAGCAUCCAUUUACUUCGCGACCAGCCAUCUCGGACUUCACAAUUGAUCUAUUUCGUCGCCUCACAUAAUCGCACAAAAUGACCACCGCACAUCGUCCCACAUUCGAUCCCGCCCGUGGAAAAGACUCACUCCGUGGCCCCGGCUACCAUCAACGACUCCUCCCCGCCCACAAAACCCUCAAGUUCCGUCAAGCAACCCAAGGAACCACAGAUGAACACUCUGCCCGCGACCUACGCGCCGAACUCCUGCGCGCCGAACGCCGCCACUUUGCCAAAAAGGAAGGUCGUGAAUUGUCGCCCGAGGAAGAAGAAAAGGUUCAACUUGCCAUUGGACAGAACGAGGAUGCUGAUGCGGUAUCUGGAAAGGGUGUGAAGAGGAGUCUGGCGGAGGGAGCCGAGGGACAGGACGGAGAGCAGGAUGAGGAAGACUAUGAAUCUAAACGGAGGAGAGUGCUCGAGGAGACGCGUGACGUUGAUGCUGAUUCGGAUGAUGGUUCAGAGGAAGAUUCAGACUCUUCGGACGACGAGAGUGACGACGACGAAGAGGCAGAGCUCAUGCGCGAAUUGGCAAAGAUCAAGGCCGAACGUGCAGAAGCUGCUGCAAAAGAAGCUGCUGAGCAAGCUGCUAAGGAGGAAGAGGAGAACAUGAAAUCAACUGCUCUUGGUAACCCCUUGCUCCAACCGAAAGGUUACGAGGUUAAGAGAAGAUGGGACGAUGAUGUUGUCUUCAAGAACCAGGCCCGAGGAACCGAAGACAAGAAGGGCAAGGAGUUUGUCAACGACUUGCUGAGAUCCGAUUUCCACAGACGCUUCAUGAGCAAGUACGUCCGUUAAGGACGGUCGAGCUCAACUCUCCCUUGGCGCAUCUGGACUCAUUCUGGAAAACAGGCUUCGAUCAAGAUUCAUAAUUGGUAUUCGUUAUGCCGUAAACUAAACUCUGGUCGCCUAUAGUACUGGUUGCGUCCAAGCUAUCGCUUUCUCAAACAACUUCAUGUCCUGGCCGGAACCUAGUACUCGCUGCGGACAUUGGCACCGGCAGCUUCUCUCUUGGCCUCACCUUUCUCAACCAUCUUCUCGUUCUUGGUCAUUUUACCGAUCCCUUCGAAAAUCUUGCCCAUAGUACUGUCU